AUGAUAGUGAUACUGGAUAAGUGUAACUUAUUGAUUGCGUGUCUUUUUCGCAGUGCAGUUUCCUGGUGUGGAAAACUGAAUGCUAUAGCUUGUGCCUCUGAAACAUGUGCUAGAAUUCCCAGCUCAACUGCAAAUCCACCAUUUUGGAUCCCUAUACAUAUUGUGAUCCCAGAGAGGCCUACUGAAUGUGCAGUAUUCGAUGUCCUAGCAGAUUCUCCUCGUGAUUCUGUACAGUUUAUUGAGUGGUCCCCUACUUGUUGUCCCCGUGCAUUAUUGAUAGCUAAUUUUCAUGGGAGGGUAACUAUUUGGACUCAACCAUCUCAAGGGCCAGCUAAUCUUGUACGUGAUACUAGCUACUGGCAGCUUGAGCAUGAGUGGCGACAAGAUAUUGCAGUUGUUACAAAGUGGCUAUCAGGGGUGUCUCUGUAUAGGUGGCUUUCAUCUAAGUCUAGCUGUGCCGCCAAUUCAAAGUCAAUAUUUGAGGAAAAGUUUAUUUCUCAACAGUUUCAAACCUCAGCUAGAUGGCCCAAUUUUCUUUGUGUGUGUUCUGUGUUCUCAUCAGGCUCGGUUCAACUUCACUGGUCACAGUGGCCUCAUUGCCAGAAUGCAGCACCAGUUAGAUGGUUUUGCACUAGUAAAGGGCUACUGGGUUGUGGACCCAGUGGCAUUAUGGAUGCUGAUGCUAUCAUCACGGACAGUGGUGCCAUGCAUGUCGCAGGUGUGCCAAUUGUAAAUCCAUCCACCGUUGUUGUUUGGGAGGUUAUGCCUGGUCCUGGAAAUGGUUUCCAAGCAACUCAAAGACAAGUAUCAAUAACUGUGCCCCACCUCUUAGUCCACCAAACUGGAGCGGAUUUGCCCCUUUAGCUGCCUAUUUGUUUAGUUGGCAAGAUUAUCUGAUAUCCGAAGAAAAGCGAGGGAAAAAGCUAACAGACCAAAAUAUUGGGGAUUCUAUACCACUUCAUUGCUCCCCAGUUUCGAAUUUUUCAGCAUAUGUGAGUCCUGAAGCUGCAGCGCAAUCUUCUGCAGCCACGACAUGGGGCUCUGGUGUAACAGCAGUAGCCUUUGAUCCAAC